AUGGCGUUAGGGAGUAGCAGUAUUAGUUUCACGCCUGGCUUUAUUCAACUCCGACGACCCCAUUCCACUUUUAACUCGAAAUGCAGAAGCCGGACGCUUUUGCCGCGAAGUUCCAGCAACGGCUCUGAGCCUUACUCCAAUGGCUAUCCUUCUACAACAGUUACUCAAAACAAGCCCUUCCAAGGCAAGCCAGAGGCAGAUGUUAUUGUUAUAGGGAGUGGCAUUGGAGGAUUGUGCUGUGCAGGACUUCUGGCUAGAUACAAGCAAGAUGUUUUGGUAUUGGAAAGCCAUGAUCUGCCUGGGGGUGCUGCUCAUUCUUUCGAGAUUAAAGGCUACAAGUUUGAUUCUGGCCCCUCUUUGUUCUCUGGGUUUCAAUCAAGAGGUCCUCAGGCCAAUCCUCUUGCACAAGUUCUUGAUGCAUUGGGCGAAUCACUUCCCUGUGCAACCUAUGAUUCAUGGAUGGUAUACAUACCUGAAGGUGAAUUCUUGUCACGCAUUGGCCCAACUGAAUUUUUCAAGGAUCUUGAGAAGUAUGCAGGUAAAAAUGCAGUGCAAGAAUGGAGAAAACUUCUUGAUGCAAUACUUCCAUUAGCUGCAGCUGCAAUGGCCCUACCCCCUCUGUCUAUCCGAGGUGACUGGGGUGUUCUUUCGACUGCAGGUGCUAGAUAUGCACCCUCUCUCUUGAAAUCUUUUGCUCAAAUGGGACCUCAGGGAGCCCUUAGUGCUACUAAGCUUCUUAGGCCUUUCUUAGAGAUCAUUGACUCCUUAGAGCUAAAAGAUCCUUUUAUACGAAAUUGGGUGGAUCUUCUGUCAUUUUUGCUUGCAGGAGUGAAAUCAGAUGGUGUACUUGCUGCAGAAAUGAUAUACAUGUUUUCAGAAUGGUACAAACCUGGUUGCUGCUUGGAAUACCCUCUUCGUGGCAGUGGGGCAGUUGUUGAUGCUCUUGUGCGAGGUCUACAGAAGUUUGGUGGUCGUCUCUCUCUCAGAAGCCAUGUAGAGAAUAUUGUUGUUGAAGAUGGUCGAGCUAUAGGAGUGAGGCUAAGAGGUGGACAAUUUGUGCGCGCUAAAAAAGCUGUUGUCAGCAAUGCAUCUAUGUGGGACACGUUGAGUUUAUUGCCUAAGGAAGUUGUUCCGAAGUCUUAUCAGGACAGGAUUAAGAGGACUCCCCAAUGUGAAUCAUUUAUGCACCUACAUUUGGGUUUUGAUGCUGAGGGUAUACGUGAAGACCUUGGAAUCCAUCAUAUAGUUGUAAAUGAUUGGGAGAGAGGAGUCGAUGCUGAUCAGAAUGUCGUUUUAAUAUCCGUACCAAGUGUGCUAAGUCCUGAUCUUGCUCCACCUGGGAAACAUGUCUUACACGCCUAUACACCAGGAACUGAACCGUUUGAACUUUGGGAAGGACUUGACCGCAGAAGUAACGAGUACAAGGAACUCAAGGCUCAACGAUCCGAGGUAAUGUGGAAGGCUGUAGAGCGUGCACUUGGUCCAGGUUUCGACCGUGGCAAGUGUGAGGUCAAGUUAGUCGGGACACCAUUGACGCAUCAAAGAUUUCUUCGAAGGAAUCGAGGAACUUAUGGUCCUGCUAUAAAAGCGGGUAAAGACUCGUUUCCUGGACAUUCAACUCCAAUCGCACAAUUCUAUUGCUGCGGCGAUUCAACAUUUCCUGGCAUCGGUGUCCCUGCCGUUGCUGCCAGUGGUGCCAUUGUGGCUAAUUCACUAGUUUCUGUGUCUCAACACUCGGAGCUUCUUGAUGCAGUCGGAAUAUAA